GUUGGAAGGUCCACGGCCAGCACCCCUCCUCCCGCUCCUAUUUGGACGUCGCAUUGCAUUCUCCCUCCCGUCCCCCAUCCCGCCUUAAACCCUAAAGCAUGGCCUCCCUCGCCGCCGCGGAGGCCGUCCUCCUCCUCGCCGUGGCGUGCCUCCUCCCGCUUCGCCUCCUCUCCCUCGCCCUCCGCACCUGCCUCUCCCCGUCAGGCGCCCAGCCCCGCCGCGCCCGCUCCGCCGCCGCGCUGCUCGUUGUAGCCGGGUUCCUCACCGCCAUCUACGCCGUGCCGGACGCCGGCGCCCGCCCUGGCGCCGACGCCGACGCCGACGCCUUGCGGUCGGAGAUCGAGGCGCUCAGGCUGAAGGUCGCGCGGUUGGAAUCUAUGUUGGAGGAAAAUACAAAGAUCUUGAACAGUAAGGCUAGUAUUUUGGAGGAGGACAACAAACUCAUUGAAGCAAUGGAACGUGACAUCCAGAUCUUAAUGAAUGGACAAGAGAGUACAAAGAACUCCCGAAGCAAAUCAUAUUCUGCAGGCAACAUUAAAGCUAUGGAAGAUGAGGUACAACAACUCCAGGAAGAAGACAAUAAGAUAAACAGCAACGCUUACACCAUAGAAUUGUUAGCACGUGAAGCUGAGAAAAGGGUGGAAGCUUUGAGCUCAGAGGUCAAAAAGAUAGAGGAUAUAAUUGCGGAGCAAUGGAUCCAAAUUCGACAAUUUGAACAGGCAUUUGUGUUAACUAAGAUGAUGACGUCAAAAGUUCAUGAGAGAAGUAAGCAAUCAGAGACAGUCUACAAGUGGCCUGGAAAAGAAACAAUUCUUAAGCAUGCCAGGAACGUUGAUCUCAAUGGAAUUUUUCUUAGAGGGGCAUCAUACGCAAGGUCCUGCUUUUCUCAUACACAUAAACAGUCCAGGAGUUUUGUACAAGCAAUAAACAAAUGCUACCAUGAGGCUUCUCAGUUCCACAAAGCAAUCCUUCGCCAGUAUAUUCCUGAUAAUGACAGGCCUAAUGUCUUCUUCUUGGGUGGUUCCAUUUCAAGAUCAUGCACAUCUCUUCCUUAUAACCAAUUCAAGAUUUGUAUGUCAUCAGCACAAAAGUUUCAUCAUAAGGUCCAAGUUUUUAUCGACAAUGCGAUGCAAUCCAACAGAUAUAGCAGAGGUUUAGCGAAUGAGGUAGUUACAUUUUCCCUGGCAUAUCUUGUUCUUAUUUCACCAAUGUGGAUGGCUUGGUUCCUUUAUUCAAUGCGGUUUGGCUCAAGGAAAUGACAACUUGUCACAAAAUAAGAGCUGUGCAGUUCUGGGUUCUUUUUUCUUCUUUAAAAAAGAAAACGUGAGAUAAGUAUAGAAGAGUUCAAAUCAUCAGGAGGCGAAAAAGUUGCUGUAUCUAUGCAUAUCAUGUAACUGUUAUAGAACUAUUCAAACUAUUACAUCCAAUUGCCCUA